AUGGCGGACACUUUUGUGCCGUCGCAGUUCUUUCGACUGCACAACCUCAUCCAGAGGGCCAUCGCUGCGCCUUCGAGCAGCGCUGGGACCUCGAACGAAUGGUACAUCGCAGUUGAUGGAUUGAGAAAUGAACUCGUGGAUCUGGGAAGGGUGAAAGCCGGGGACAAUGCUGAGCUGAAAGAGAUUGAAUCGGGCAAAAUCACCCUAGGAUCAACGACGCACACCCUCAACUCAGACUUUGCCUCACUCACCAUCCUCCUCGCGACCAAUCUCAACAUUUCAGCCAAGUACUGCGCUUCUCUCCUACAAGAUGCCCUCUCAUCUCGCUCUCGAUACCCAUCACGCUCUCCCAUCGAGAUCGCCCUCGUGCUUCAUCAGCGAGAGCGUUGGGCUCUCACAGAGGCUUGGAAGGAGCUCGUCAGUGCAGCUGUCACGCUCCCGCAAGAGGCCGAUGUAUCGCAGAGAAGGCUGGGACUGAAGAUGAAUCAGGCCGUGCAAGCUUUACUUGGCUUAAAGGUCUCCUACGCAGAUGGAACCGGGAGGCGGGACGUCUCGCUGCUGCAGAGGAUCCUCCUCGAAAUCGACUCGCUCAAGUCUCAGGCAAAUGCUGUGGAAAAUGCGCUUCGCAAUCCACCCUCAGAUCCAAAUCGUAGACUCCCAGAUGAGCUUCAGCUCGAACGCAUCUCGACUCUCGGCCAGGAGAGGCGAGCAUGGGCGCAUGUCCUCUACCUUCUUGCCAUCUCUGCCAUGCUGCAGGGCGAAGAGAUCCUUGCAAUGGCAAAGUGGCUUAGUAAAGUCAAGGAGGACGAGGCGACGGGAGUAAAGGAGGAUCUGAUGCCAUAUGUCCUCACUGCUCUGCUCGCUGCCCUCGAGACAUCGACCAAGGCUUCGCUCGAGGGGCUUGUCGGCGCCGGGCAGCCUGACUUGCUCGACGACCGAACCUCUCUCAGUCAGAUGGACACCCUCAUCAACAAGUCCGGCUGGGCAUCACUUUCGCUGCAAGCCGUCGUCCAGCUGCAAUGGUCCCUUCUCCUCGUCAAGGUAGUCAAGCACGACGCAAGCCUGGGCAACGAGCUCAACGUGUCAGAAGACUCGGUCAGCCGUGCGGUGCUCAAGGCCAUUCAGCAAGGCGACGCAUUCAUCUAUCUGGUCCUACGCCUUCUAGGCUGGAGACAGCGCCUGUUCGAUGCCAUUGAGGGCACAGAGGACGAAGACGCCCUAAGCGGCGCAGCAUCAGCGCAAGCCCAGUCCACCCAGUUGGGCGUUGAUGCAGGAGACGAGAUCGACAUCGAAUUUCAGCCAUACCUCCUCUCCAGCCUGCACUCACUCCUGCUCGGCAUCUCGCGCACCUUUCUCUCUUUGCUGCGCAAGCUUCAGCGCCAGGAAGAAGACGCAGCCUACUCCGUCCUCCGGCCGGGCUCAAAAGACGUGCGUCGCUACGACCUCGAAGCCUUCCUCGAUGGCCUUGCCCUUGUCGUGCGGGGCGAUGCGUCCAAGUCGCUGUCCUUCUGGCUUACACCUGAGGGCAGGAGAUCACGCUUCGUCAUGUGGGCGGUCGAGCUGCGUGAGGAAGGACAUCAGCGCGCCCUCCUCGACCUGCUCAGCGCCAUGUCGACCGGAGGCAGCGAGGGGGCGUGGCAAGCUCACGCCUUGCUCAGCAGCAGUGCGGAGGGAGGAGCAGCGGAUGAUGGCUUGAUCUCGUGGAACAGACUUUGGGAUUGGAUGGCGUACUACGUCGAUGCGCUUCGCGGAGGCGGGGACAGAGAGCGCGCCAGCAUGCCACCCGGCGAGAUGACCCUCCUACGCAGCUUUCUUCGGCUACUUCGUAGCGUCGUCUCUGGCAGCUACGCGGCUCGAGAAGCCAUCCUGGCCCUCACGCUCAAUGCAGCCAACCCUGGCACCAGCGUACUGCAGCGUCUCUUUGCACUGUACGUGUGCCCCAUCCCCAUUGAGCUCAAGGCUACUCUUCUGGACACCAUGGCUGCUUUUGCACGCGAGAAUGGCUUGACAGCUGGGACAGCUGCCUCUGCUCGUCUACCGCGAGUGAGACAGGAGCUCUGGUCCCUCGUCGAGUCCAGCGGGAUCCUCAGCGGGCCUCACGCCAACAAUCGCAACGUAGCAGCAGCAAGAUUUGGCGGACUCGGCGGGAGCUUCAGAGCUGCGCAGGCUCCCCCGUCGGACGUGCUGUUCGAGCUCGAGAACGUCGAGGCGGCUAGCGGCUUCUACCCGGGCACGGUCAGCUUCAUCAACUUCCUCUCUGCUCUCGUUGUCCCCGAAUUCGUUGGACCCGGCGGGCGAGCAGGCGGGGACGUGGGUGCUCUGGUGGCCGAUCUGCCCCUCGCUGGGCCAUUGGGCCAGCAACCUAGCCUCCCGCUCGGUGUUCCGCAAUCAUUAGGCAGCGCCGCCUCUGCACACCAAGGCUCUGGCCAUGGAGUGGAUGUCGGACUGGAGAAGUACAUUACCUUCGUCGUCGACUCGGUCCUGCUCCCCUCUCUCGCGGCCAACGGACCGCGCGACUUCGCCGCCUUGAGCGAGAAGUGGCGGCUGAUCUCCUCCUGCCUGCACUUCCUGCAUCGCUGUCUUUCAGCAUUCGACCUCUCCUCGCUCACGCGCACUGUAGGCGUAUCAGCGGGGAACGGACAACGCGGAGCAGAAGAUCGCGAGACCCUCCUUCGCCUCGCGAUGCACCCUGGCUUCGGAGUGAUGAAGAGGCUGAUGAGCACGAGUAAGCUCCUCAAAGAGAUCUUGGCACUCCUCUCUCCCAACAUGAGCGGGCAGCCCAUUCCUGGCCUUGCAACCACAGCGGCAGGAUACGAGAUUGUCGACUCACCCGCAGCGAAGCGAUCCGCCAUCUUCCUUCCCGCUGCUGUGGGUACGGCUAUGCGUAUCAUCCUGGCGGCCAUCAAGGGCCAGGGUCUCUUCUUGCAAGUUCUCCUCCCCACACUUGCCGGCCUAUCCGACUCAGCAGCGUCAGGCGCGGCAGGCCCUGCUCCGCUCUUCCCCGGACUCGACCUUGACGCUCGCAUCGGCCAAUCUUCCUCCUACACACCCAUCGACAAUAAGAUGCUACAAGAGUACGAAUCUGUAGUCCAGAUUGCCCUCUACGUCAACUCGGUGCGGGACGACCUGGCCCUUCUCAGUGUCAAGCUGCUCACAGAGGUAGCAAACGGAGCUGCUUUCAGUGAGGUGGACCGCUUUGCCGAUGGGUCUGGUGGUGCGGGGCGACGAAGAAUGAACAGGUUGGUUGGAUUGUUGGAGAUGACCGAGGAGAGCGGGAGGGUAAGAGAGGGCGUAGUGAGACGAUUGGACGCCCUAGCUGGAAGUGACGAUGAAGGAGAGGCGGUGCCGCGGGGCGCGGGACUGGACGAUGCCGAGGAGGACAGCAGUGAAGAGCAGCUGUUGGGUAUCGCUGCCCCGUCGUCCUGUGGGAAUGCGGCAGUCUGCCGUGCUAUUCUGGAGCUUCUUCUCAUCGGCACCUCGACCAGCAAGCAUGCGCCGAACCUCGCGCACCUCCUUCUGGGCUACGACCUCCGUGCCGUUAGAGCAGAAGAUCAAGUGAUCCCCUCCCCAUCGCCCGAAUCGCCGCGAGGAGGCUUGCACGCUCUUCUCGACCUGCUGCGAGGUGACCGCGAUCUGGCGGAGGACGAAACUGCUGAAGCAUUGGAGCAAGGGGUCCCUAGUCUUCUCGAGACUCAUCCCGCCCUUGCAGAGCGCACCCUCGCUCUGUUGCUCAACCUCUGCACCCAUCCGUACACCACUUCCUGCACUUUGCGGUACCUGCGAACGCAAGAGGAUUUCUGGGCCAAGCAGCUCAGGAACAACUUCUUUGCUUACACGGUGCCCGUCGAGCGCGGCCUGCACCCACAAGAGGACGAGGAGACAUCAUCAACGCGUCUGGCCCGCGGGCAGCUCGUCUUUGCCGAUGGACGCAGCACCCAGACGUCGGUCGACGCCCUCAUCUCGAGCCUCAACGCAAGGCAACACCUCCUUAGCGGCGUCGCAAUCGAGCUGCACGGCCUCGUCACCGCAGGCAUGCAAAGCCAGGCUGCUCACCUGGUGGGAGCGCUCUACGGGACGGGGCUCGUCCUAUCGCGCGGUCGUCUUGAGGAUGGCGAUGAGGACUUCGAUGAGAGUGCUGAGGACUUCAUGCAGGCACAAGCAUCUGCUGUGGCAGACAGAGAUGUGGGUAUGCGUCUCCUCACUCUGCUUCAAUCCUUCGACUUCGAGUGGCACGACGAGCGUGACGGGCUCGCCUCUCAGCUGGUCAUGUUGCGCGACUUGGAUGUCUCCCAGGCCAAGGCGCCGCCGACAGCUGGAGGGCGUCAAUUCGACAUCAGCAAGACGAUUGCGCUCCUCGCUUUCGCACGUCGUGAACUGGAACGAAUGGGCGAGCUCGGUGACGCCAGGCGCCGUGCCAACUUCGACGCCGAGGCCGCCAUCGUGCUGCAGCACGUCAGCGCCCGCAAUGCUCACCGUGCGGUAGCCAAGUGUCGUCGCUCUGCCCUCGCAAGCUGGCGCAACGUGCAGGAUCUCGUUCUGGCGCACGGCGAAUUCCUACUCAGGCCGGAAGCGCAGCCGCUCGUGGUGUUUGACUCUCUUUCUGCUCUGCUGCCAAGGCUGGACGGAGCGGCCCCGGAAGAAGACCCAGUGCUCGCCGACUUGGCCGCUGGAGCUAUCUUGUCGUUGCUGACUAGCUUGAGACGACAUCGUGCCCAAGCUCCUGUAGGGGCGGGUCUGACGGACGAGCUCCCCAUUGAUCGACUGCUCUCGACCCUGGCUGCCCUCACGGGGGCCAUUCUCAGGGCGGGGACCUCAGUAUCAGCCAGGGGCAACCUGUACUCGGCGCUCAUCAACUAUUUGCAGCUCGUACGCGCCGCAGCCAACACCAACCAGGGCGGGGAAUAUCCACUCGGCGCAAGUGGGGACAGUCUGGUGGGUGACGAUUCCUUCUCUUACGCGGAUGGGGAAAGCUUGAUCGGUAGCUCCAUGGGCGGAGCAUCGGCCUACGGCGGUGGAGACUACCAGCAACCUUCAAGCCUCGACAGCCGUACCCGCACCUUCCUGGCGCAACACGCCGAGCGACUCGUCCCCGUGCUCGCCCGUGACGCGCUUGAUGCGCCGGACGUCUGGCGGACGGUCGCUUUUACUCUUCUCGACCGUCUGUGCGCACUCGAGUCCACCGGCCGAAGCAAGAGUGGUCGCUCGCCUGUGGUGCUGGACAUACUCACCCGACACGGGUACCUCAAAUCUUUCGUGGCCCGACUCAGGGAUAUGGACCUUCCCCUCCAAUCAAUCCUCCGCCCCGACCCUCCAAGCCUCAAUGCACUGUACGUCUACGAAGCGAAGCUGGCCUUCUUUGGUCGCUUGGCCUCGAGUCGCAGAGGGGCUGAGCGGUUGUUGGAAGCAAAGCUGUUCGAUACGCUUUGCCAGGCGGAUUUCCUUGCUGCGCGACCGGAGGAGGAUCAGGACUUUGUUGAUCUGGAAAGCUUUCUACCAGCCGCCACCGAGCGAUACGCUGCGCUGCUCACGCCGGCUUUGCAGGUCGCCGUAGCUGUUGUGCAGGCUACAACUGGCGGCCCAGGAAGAAGUCGCUCCGAGGCACACGCGCCCGGCUCCGCCACUUCUCGUAACCAAGCGCUCAGCCUCCUCAACGCCCAUCGCGAGUCCCUACUCGCAGUGCUGCGCUCUGCCGUGCAGGAUACAGUGUCUCUCUCGACGGUGGACGAGGCGCAUUUGGUCGUCACCUUGAUGUUACAGGUGCUUCCCAUCCUCGACGAUGAGGCUUUGGUCGCGCCGCGACCGUUGGCGGCAUACCACAGCGCAAUUCUGCAAGCCGCGGCCGGCUUCUUGCAUUCAACCGCCUGGAGAGGACGGGUUCUGCCAUUCACUGAGAGGGAGAGGGAGGAGGAGGCUACCACUGUGGGCGGCGGCACAGCCGAUAUGGCAAUGGACGGGGACCACGCUGACGGACGCGACCUCGUCAACCGGGGUGAAGAGAGCGUCUUCGACCAGAACGCCGCUCGGUCAGUCUCACGGCUCAUCUUCUCCCUGACGUCCUACCUUGAAGCAGCAAGUGAGCCACUCGCUGGCCGUCAAGUCGCUCGACCCUGCCUCUCCUCGUCACUGGCAGUUCCGCAGCCCUACCAAGCAGGGCGACGAGGUCGCACACCAGGGUACGACUCACACGAUGAUCUGCGUCGUUCUCGUGGACCCGAUGGCGCGAGCACACGAGUAGCAUCUGUCCCCAGCUUGGGUAUCGCCUUAGCGGCAAUGGACGAGCAAGUCGCCUCUUUGGAGCAAGAUCUUCCACUUGCCGAGAGGUUGCGCUCUAUGCUUGAUGAAGGGGAGAACGUUGGCCUGCAGGAAUGGGAAGCACUCACAGGCUCGGCUGCAACGAGGCCAGACGUAGGCUCACUGCAGCUGCGUCGCUCCGCGCUUGUAUUGGCAAAAUUGGGCCAGAUGAGGGGCAAGGCAACUCAGAGACUGGACGUGGUCGAUGUCCUAAUUGUGGUGAUCCAGCGUCACUUUGCCUAUUACCUCGCCGCACUGGACGAUGAGUCCAUGGCGAGUAGCAGCGGCAUCGGCGCACCGCCUCAAGGCGUUGAUGCUGGGUACGCAGCGCCCUGGAUGGGAGGACGCCAGAAUGUACCGACGACGAACAAGGCGAUCGGCACUCUUGCUGCGGACAGCACUAGCGGGUCAAGCAUCGUAAGCAACGCCAGGGAGAGGAGCACCUUCCUUGAGCUGGUAGGGAGGAAGCUGCAGACUAUGUUGCUUGUCAGGCAGGAGGCGGAGGAGAAAAUACGGGACUGA